UGGACAAUGUGGGGCUGGCUAAAGCCUGAAAGUUGCAUCCUUCUGAAAGGGAAGGCGAGGCCAACCAAUCUGGACCCACUAUUAGUACUGCAUACUUUUAGGCUUAUCAAUGCCUUUUAGCUGCAUAAAAGCUUGGUUCAACUGUAAUACCCAUGAAUCUGAUCUCACUUUUUGGAACUCUCAAGCAAAUUUUAAAGAUUAUGAUGAAAAGCCCAGGAACAUGCCAAGCUUUUCCCCAGACAAGACAUUUAAGUAAUGGUGCAUUACGCAGAGGAUUUAGUCUGACCGUGAAAUUUGUCCCAAACAGAGGCUGAGACAGAUUAAACAGUGGCUGGAAGAAGGAAUUAAUGGUGGAGAGAUAAAGAAGGCCAGUACAACUACAACUGCCAGGCUCAGGGGUUCCUUGGAGUAGCAUUAAAGACUGCUGCUCUGCAGCAGAUGAUCAAAGAUAUUCACCAUCUUUGACAGAUUGGGUGGAAACAAAAGAUGAGGUAGCUUUAUAUGCAGAAAGGCAGAUUCAUUUCUUGAUGAUUUUGGGAUGAAGCUCAAGGGCUGUGGCUCUCAGAUUCACCUCAUGAACAUGAUUUUCAUCACCAUCAUCAUUUUUUUCGUGUUUCUCUCAUUACAAAGUAGUACUUCAUUGAUUGCAGCAGAGUACUUCAAUGGCCAUGGCCUACAAAGGCUGGAUUUUGUGGAGAAGGUCUCAGGAGGGGAUGAAAAUGGAGAAAAGGAAGCUCUGAUACUGGAAAAGUUCAGAGUUUUACUUGGGCUGAAGAGUUUCCAUGGUAGAAGUGCUCCAUUUGAAUACGGAUACCCACCAUCUCCUUCCCCAUCACCAGCCAUUGAAGCUCCAGCUCCAGCUCCAAUGGUGCCUACACAUGUCCAUCCCCAUCACAGGCUGCAUCAUUCUCAUCCAAUUUCACAGCUCCAUAAGAUUCACAAUGAAGAUGGAGAUAAAGGCAGGGUGAAGAGAAUUCUAAUAUCAGUUCUUGUCUCUGCUGGAGCCGUCAUUGUGUUAUUUUUCAUUGGGUUCAUCUGGAUACUUCAAAAAUUUAGAAGACUGAGAAAGGGAUCAAGAAUUCCAGCCUCUCUAUAUGGCAAUGAAGGAGGGAAUAAGGUAAGUUCCGAUCCUGGGUUGGACCUAUUUUAUCUUGAUACAUUGGAAACUGCUUUAGAGCCACAGGCAUUUGGGCUCAAACAAAAUGGUGAAACUGAGAAAGCAGUACCAAAGCAAGACAACUCAAGCAAUAAAUCAGGUGAAAGAGAAGAAUCAAGCCGAGAUUCGGUGAGAUCUGAGUCUGAGAAAGCCAGUUGUUCUGCUGCUGGAGAAAUUACUCCCGUUCAUGAGAGUGCAGAGUCAGUGAAUUAUGAAUCUGAUGGAUGUAACUCUUCAAAUGGGGAUCAAAUAGUCCCUGCUGAAGUUCAAUCCUCGGAUGAUGAAUCUUUCCAUUCUCUAUGCAACUCACAUUCAUCGAAUACCCGGCUUUCUAAUGCCUCAGCUGCCAGUCUCAGCGACACUUCAGAAAUUUUGUCCCCCAAAGGUGCAAAUAUGUCACCUUGUUCUAUGGAGCUACCGUUUCAUGCCCCGCCACCGCCACCGCCACCGCCACCGCCACCGCCUCCCCUUCCUUCCUCACAUUUACUCAUAUCUCCUCGUUCUUCUUAUUCUUCAACUCAGAUGGCAUCCAAAGCUGCAAGUUCUUCCACAUUGGCAUUUUCAUCAUCGCCAAGAAAUUCAGAUUCUUCUUCUGGAUCAAAUCAAACUCCCAAAACUGACUUGCCGCCUUCACCUCCUGAUCCUCCUAAGCCUCCAUUGGGCAUUCCUCCACCGCCGUGCCCGCUACCCCUCUUCAAAGGGAAUGGCAACUCUCUCAAAGGUCCUCCUCCUCCUCCUCCAUCUCAGCUCCCACAGUUUGUGCCGCUGGGCAAAGAUGGAGCUCCAUUGCCAAAACUGAAGCCACUUCACUGGGACAAAGUUAGAGCUGCACCAGAUCGAUCUAUGGUGUGGGACAAGCUGAGAUCAAGCUCAUUUGAAUUUGAUGAGGAAAUGAUCGAAUCACUCUUUGGCUACAAUCUUCAAAAUUCUAUGAAGAAUGAUGAAGCAAAGAGCAAAAGCCCUUCUCCAAGCAAGCAUGUUCUUGAACCGAAGAGACUGCAGAACAUAACAAUACUGUCAAAAGCUUUGAAUGUCACUGCUCAGCAAGUUUGUGAUGCACUACUACAAGGGAAAGGCUUGUGCUUGCAACAACUAGAGGCGCUGGCAAAGAUGGUACCCACCAAGGAAGAAGAGGCUAAGCUCUCAAGCUAUAAGGGAGUCAAGGAUGAACUGAGCUCAGUGGAGAAGUUUGUGAAGGAAAUGCUUAGCAUACCUUUUGCCUUUCUAAGAAUUGAAGCUUUGCUUUACAGAGAAACCUUUGAAGAUGAGGUAGUUCACCUCAGAAAAUCCUUCUCAAUGCUAGAGGAAGCCUGCAAGGAACUCAGGUCAAGCCGGCUCUUCCUAAAAUUACUGGAAGCGGUCCUCAAAACAGGAAACCGGAUGAAUGUUGGAACCAUCAGAGGAGGUGCCAGGGCAUUCAAGCUUGACGCCCUCCUGAAGCUUGCAGAUGUGAAAGGAACCGAUGGGAGAACUACGCUGCUUCACUUUGUCGUCCAGGAAAUUGUUCGGUCAGAAGGAAUGAGAGUCUUGGAUAGCAUUAUGGGGAAGAUAGAUCAGAAAAGGAGGAGCAAAAACUCGGAAGAAGGUGAAGAAGAUUUCACGAGGAUGGGCCUAGACCUUGUUUCGGGCCUGAGCAUCGAGCUCUGCAAUGUGAAGAAGACGGCCACAAUAGACUUGGAUGUCCUUGCCAGCUCUGUCUCCAAUUUAUCAGAUGGAAUGGCCAAGUUGCAGCAACUAGUAGGAAUAUUAAGCGACGAAAACACUGGCAAUUUUGUGAACUCAAUGAAAUCUUUCCUUGUUUAUGCAGAGAAGAACAUAAAGGAGUUGCAGGAAGAUGAAGGCAGAGUCCUCUUGCAUGUCAGGCAGAUUACAGAAUACUUCCAUGGAGGUGUGAGCAAAGAGGAAGCCAACCCGCUUCGGAUUUUCGUGAUUGUCAGAGACUUUCUGGGCAUGUUAGAUCAUGUCUGUAAAGAGCUUAGAGGCUCCAAGGUUCCUCGGAGCCCAAAUCCUCUAGCUCCAUUCAGGUAGUGUGCAUGUGCUUUGUGUGUCUGUCUAUAUAUAGCCUUCUAAUGCCUCCAUUUCACCAGUGCCCCCAAGCCUGGAAAACAGAUAUUCUUUUGGAUUUGCUUUAGAUAUGGUGUGUUGAAAUAGCAGUUAGUAACAUGUGCAGCCAGCUUAGACACUGCAACUUAAUGUACAAAACCCUGAUCCAUUGAUGACACACAACACGAGUAUUCAAAUUACAGAGGACCAAAUGUUUGUUUGUUUGUUCUCUUGCAAUCUUGAGAGUUUCCUAAACCCUAGCUGUGGUUUGAUUGGUUGAAGGAAUUACCCUUUCCGACAACCGGUUUUGGACUUUUAAUGAAGGUAGA